ACUCCCACCUCUACCUCUGUUCUAUUAUAUUCUCAUUUAAUUUUCUAAAAUCUUCUCAUAUAUUUCUUUCAUCCUUUUUAAUUUCUAAAGAUUCAAUAUUAUAUAAAUAUAUACUUUCAAGUAGCAGCAAACCCUUGAAGGAAUGAGAGAAAACAAAGCUCAGAAGCUCCUUUUCUUAUUUUUGCUGCCUUUUUGUUUCAACAACUCCCAAUGCAGUACAUUGAAUAAUCUGCAAAAGUCACUACUAUCUGGUAAAAAAGUGGAUAACUUAUUACCUGAGAUAUCUCCAACUGGAAAUCCUCAACCCCUUUACCCUCUUCUUGCACCAUCUCCAUUGUCACCAUUCACAAUCACAAAUAACACCGCUCCAAAGUUAUCAGGCGUGUGCACGUUAGAUUUUGAUUCCAUAGAUAGCAUGAUGAGCAUGACUGCAAUUGAUUGUUUUACUGUUUUUGCACCGUACCUUGCAAAUGUUGUAUGUUGUCCACAGUUUGAAGCAACUCUCGUGAUUCUCAUUGGCCAAUCCAGUAAAAAAACCCAAAGCCUUUCUCUAAAUUCUACUCUUGCCAAACACUGCCUUUCUGACUUUGAUCAAAUUCUGAUGGGUCAAGGCGCAAAUAAUAGUUUACAGCAGAUAUGUUCCGUUGGUCCAUCAAAUCUAACAGAAGCUUCUUGCCCGGUGAGAGAUGUCAAUAUGUUUGAAAAACUGGUCAAUACAUCUAAGCUUCUUGCGAAUUGUGGAAAGAUUGAUCUUGUUAAUGAAUGCUGUCAAGAGACAUGUCAAAAUGCUAUAUCAGAGGCUGCGAAGGAUCUUGCUUCGGUUUCCAUUGAAUUUGAUGCAAUGGGACUUCGGCGUCCUUCUGAUAUCUCAACUCGAGUGACUAAUGAUUGCAAAAGUAUUGUAUUGAGAUGGUUAGCAAGUAAACUUGAACCUUCACGAGCCAUUGAAGUCUUAAGAGGUUUAGCUAAUUGCAAGCUUAAUAAAGUUUGCCCGUUGGUUUUGCCAAAUGUUCGACCCGUUGCUCGAGGUUGUGGGAGUGACAUUAGUAAUCAGACAUCAUGUUGUAGUGCUAUGGGGAGUUAUGUAUCUCACUUGCAAAAGCAGAGCUUUUUAACCAAUUUGCAAGCUUUGAAUUGUGCGGCUUCUCUUGGGAAGAAGUUACAAAAGGAGAAUAUAACAAAUAAUGUUUAUAAACUUUGUCGUAUAACCCUCCAAGACUUCUCCCUCCAAGCAAAUGGAAUGCAAGAGUCUGGAUGCCUUCUUCCUAGCUUGCCUUCCGAUGCAACAUUUGACAGAUCUUCAGGAGUGAGCUUUCUUUGUGAUCUAAACGAUCACAUUCCUGCACCUUGGCCUUCAAUGUCACAUUUGCCACCUUCAUCAUGUAACAAAACUGUUAAGAUUCCUGCGCUUCCUGCAGCAGCUUCAGGUCAAAGAGGACUAUACAAUGAUGAUGUUAUAUUUAUUGUUCUUUCCGUCAUGACAAUCCUUCUUCUGACCGUUUAUUAACUUUACAAUGGAUCAAUCUCUUGCUUGCUGGAAGUUGAAAGGCGGAGUUUGUUCAAUGUUAACCUAUUCGUGUAACAACGAGAACAUGAAAACAACGAUGAAGAUUUUGGCUGGAAUUUCAGCUCGAAGUUAAACAUGUAGAAAAGAUUGCAUGAAAAAUUGAGUUAGUAGGGAUGGUGAAUUUGUUAUGGAAAAUAUUUAAGCAUUCUUGCAUAGUGUUGUGUAAUAAGAAUUUUGUAAAGAAAAGAGGGAGUUCAUGUAAAUUUUUGCAACUCCUGCCUCAACUCACUUUUCACUAAUUGUUGUUUACCCCCUUAUAAUUUAAAAGUUGGACAAUUAUAUA